AUGGGAGAUGGUGAUGAUGAUUCAGUUCCAGAAUUAAAACUUUCUCUGACAUCUACCCCGGUACAUACAACAACGUCAUAUGGCGGGUCGUUAUCAUCUGAAUACACAGACUCCCCAUGGGGUAAAAGGGGGCACAUAUCUUUUAGUGGUACGCCGACAACUAACCGGAGAAGGAGGUCGAGCAGUCGAGCGUCGAGCAAAAAUGUGAAAAGCAGUGAAAUAUCUCCAAUAUCGAUGAUAUUUCGCAAUUUACUAAUUCUGGAGGACGAUUUAAGACACCAAUCAAAGGAGCAAAGAAUGCUUAAAUGGCAAUUCACUUUGUUUCUUGCGGGCUUAGCUGGCAUUGCUGCGUUUUCCUUUUACGAAUUGUAUUUUUCCAAUGAUCAGGUUACCGGUUUAUAUAGAAUAGGGUUGCAAUUCCUAUUGAUAUUCAUUUCAGUGACAAUAGUAUUGUUUCAUCUUAGCGGUGAAUACAAAAGAACCAUGGUAAUACCAAGACGGUUUUUAGUCAACGCAAAUAAAGGGAUGAGACAAUUCAACGUAAAAUUAGUGAAGGUGAAGAGUACAUGGUUACAAAACUAUGCGGAUACAAUACGUAUUAUCAUUCGUCGAGUAUCAAAAUGGAAUAUGAAGCUUUUGAUCACGAUGGGAGCUACAAACACCUCGAUAUAUGCAUUUUGGUCAUCGCUUUCUAUACGAUGUCUGCCCAGACUUGGAGCUGUGGAUGUUAAGUUAGUGCUCAAUGCAAAAGCAUUUAGUGCUGAGAUUCGAGAAGGUUGGGAGAUAUAUAGAGAUGAAUUUUGGAAGCGUGAAACGGUCAGAAGACGUAAGCAAGAGUCUCAAAACAAUACGCAUCUGAAAAGAGACUAA